AUGAUGGACAUAGAUAAAGAUGAAAAUCCUUCAAAUAAAAUUGAAAAUAGACUAUAUAAAACAGCAAUUAGUGGAAUCAUGUUAAACAAGGAUAAAUAUGGUAAUUUCCAUCCUCUCAAUUUAACAUCAUCUAAGCCAAAAAAACUCGGUUUAAUUUCAAGGCUUAUUGGUAAAACAAGGGCAUCCACUUCUAAAUUCGGAUUACCUGAUAGGUUAGUAACAACAAGUAAUUCUUUAAACAGAUGGAGGCAUGACAAAUUUGAGUCUCUAGUUUCUUACACCCCUGGGUCAAUGAUUUAUGUGAGAAAUCUACCUCAAAGUGUAACUUCCGACGAACUAAAGAUUGAAAAGGGAGGUCUUGUAAGUGCAUUUGUUGGCUUUGUAGGAGCUGAAUCUGCUCAGAAAGCUAUUGAAAGCUUCCACAAAUCUGAAAUGAAUGGGAGAACAAUAAAGGUUUCAUUGUCCGACACAGGUAUCUAUUUAUUCAAUUUAAUUUAUGAAUUAGGCAAGAAACAAAGAAAUAAAUCGAAUUCCACUGGCCGCGUAUCUAUUUUUGAUCGUAUGGGAUAA